AUAAAAUUCAAUGACUGAUACAUAUAGAAGUGAUAUAGAUAGAAUUUAGAGAUUGAUCUAAUAAUUAAGAUCAGAUAUAUAAAAGAGAGAAUAAAAGAUAAAUGCUAAUUAACCUGUUGGAAUGAUUGAUGGAGAAAUUAGAGGAGGAAUUUCUAAACUAGGUAUUAGAAUACAUUAUAAUUUGUAAGAUAGAGAAAUAGAAUUGUUAAAAUUACUAAUUGAAAGAUAAAAUUAAAAUUAAGAAGUUUUAUAGAAGGAAGGAGAGACAAGAAAAAAUAAAUUAUUAGAGUUAUAGAAUAUAGCAAUUGAUUUAAAACAAAAUUUUGACAAAUCAUUAAAAUCUUAAUAGGAUAAUUUGUUUAAUAAUAGGUCAAAUAGUGGUAAAUAAUAUAAGGACACAGAGACUUUAUAGCAAAUGGAUAACAAAUAAUUACAUUAAAAUUAAAAAUAAUUAUAAAAAGAGUAAGAUUAGAAACUUGAUGUUUGUAUUGAUUAACUAGAUACUCUUAAAGUAUAAGGAAAGAAUAUUGGAAAUACUUUAGAUGAAUAGAAUAGAUUAUUAAAUUAAGUGGAUAAAGAAAUGGAUAAAACAAAUAAGGAUAUGAUAAAUGUAAAUGGAAAAUUGAAAAAGUUUCUUAAAUCAUCAUCAUAUUGCUGUCUAUAUUUAUUUUUAACAUUAGAAGUAGUUUCAUUAAUAUUGAUAAUUCUUUUUGUAUGA